AUGAUAAGGAAACAUUUCCUCAACCCAUCUUUCACUACACACACAGGUUGCACAGAGGAGUAUAAGGAUUUCUUCAUCGGGCCAGUCCACGUGGAAGAUGUCGCGUUAGCCCAUAUCACGCUGUUUGAAAACCCGGCUGCAUCCGGGAGGCACCUCUGUGUGGAGCCCAUAUGUCACUUGAGCGAUUUCGCGUCCCAAGUCGCGGAGCUCUACCCCGACUACGAAGUCCCGAAAUUACCUGAGGACACGCAGCCUGGGCUGGUGAGGGUGGAGGCGGUGCCGAAGAAGCUGAUGGCACUGGGCCUGCAUUUCACUCCUUUGGAAAAGAUCAUCAAGGAUGCAGUGGAGAGCCUCCGGAGAAGAGGAUGCAUCGCCUGA